AAAUUUAAGUCAAUGAUAUAAAAUAGUGGGAAAAAGACUAAAUCUAUAUUUAUUUAUGAUAAUAGAAAGAUAAAAAUAAUAAUGGGGAUUUCUUUUAAAUUUUUAUAGGUGUAUUUAGAAGAGAGAGGAAGAAAUAAGGGCUAAAAACAAAAGAAAAAACCUAGAGAGAGAGUGUUUGUGUGUAAGAAAAAGAACAGAAAAAGAGGCAGCCAUAGCCAAAAGAGCUCUUGUCGGCUUCGACCGAACAUUGACGCAAACAAACUUAUUUACACUAUUGAACAGAGAGCACUCAAAGUGUUGUAUCCUUUAAUACAACCAAUCUUCAGCACAGGGUUUCCAUUGAGUGAUUGCUUUCUGCUGGUUUCUUUUGGAGGGCGUUUCUAUGGCUUUUCCGGCAUCAGAAAUUCCAUCUGCUGAACAACAAGCAGAUGAUCCUUUAUAUCGUGAACUAUGGCAUGCCUGUGCUGGACCUCUUGUCACACUUCCUCGUGUAGGGGAGCGUGUUUAUUACUUCCCACAAGGUCACAUGGAACAACUUGAGGCAUCAAUGCAUCAAGGGUUAGAACACCAAAUGCCUUCAUUCGAUCUGCCAUCUAAAAUACUUUGCAAAGUGGCUUCUGUUCAGCGUAAGGCUGAACCUGAUACAGAUGAAGUUUAUGCCCAAAUAACCCUGGUACCUGAAGUAGAUCAAAGUGAGGUUAUGAGCCCAGAUGAUCCACUUCAAGAACCUGAAAGGUGCAUAGUCCAUUCAUUUUGCAAGACUCUUACUGCUUCCGACACAAGCACCCAUGGUGGAUUCUCAGUUUUGCGCCGGCAUGCAGAUGAUUGUCUGCCCCCGCUGGACAUGACACAGCAGCCACCAUGGCAGGAACUGAUUGCAACUGAUCUGCAUGGAAAUGAAUGGCAUUUUCGGCAUAUUUUUCGAGGACAACCUAGGCGCCACUUGCUCACUACUGGGUGGAGUGUCUUUGUUAGUUCCAAAAAGCUAGUAGCUGGAGAUGCUUUCAUAUUCCUGAGGGGUGCUAAUGGGGAGCUGCGUGUUGGAGUGAGGAGGCUUAUGAGACAACAGGCAAAUAUGCCUUCUUCUGUUAUAUCUAGUCAUAGCAUGCAUCUUGGGGUGCUUGCCACUGCAUCUCAUGCCCUUUCUACGCGAAGUAUGUUUUCCAUCUUCUACAAGCCCAGAACAAGUUUGUCUGAGUUCAUAGUGAGUGUAAACAAAUUUCUUGAAGCUCAAAGCCAUAAGCUAUCAGUUGGGAUGAGGUUCAAAAUGAGAUUUGAGGGUGAAGAGGUACCUGAAAGAAGAUUCAGUGGCACAAUUGUUGGUGUUGAGGAUAAUAAAUCAUCUGCAUGGGCUGAUUCUGAGUGGAGAUCUCUCAAGGUUCAAUGGGAUGAACCUUCAUCCAUCAUACGUCCUGAUAGGGUGUCCCCAUGGGAAUUAGAGCCUCUUGUUGCAACUAGUAACUCUUCCAUCUCACAACCUGCACAAAGGAACAAGCGGGCUAGGCCACCCGUUCUACCUUCACCAUCUUCAGAUCUUUCUUCACUUGGUAUAUGGAAAUCACCAGUUGAAUCUCCUUUCUCGUAUUGUGAUGCACAACGUGGGCACCCAUCACCUAAAUUAUCCUCCACUGCAAAGCCUAAUUCUGUUGGCUUUAGUAGGAAUAGCUCCCUGGCUGCAGUUUCUAGCAGCUCAAUGUAUUGGCCUAACCGAGUUGAGAAUGUUACAGAAUCUGUUGCACCAGUUGUGAACAAAGAAUCUAGUGAAAGAAAGCAGGGAACUGGGAAUGGCUGCAGACUUUUUGGUAUUCAGUUACUUGACAAAAUAAACAUGGAAGAAAAUUCACCUGUGGCUACAAUUUCUGGGACUGGUGUGGAUGACCAGCCACUUCAUUCACUAGAUGCUAAUUCUGACCAGCAAUCUGAUCCAUCAAAUCUUAAUCAGUCUGAUCUUCCUUCUAUAAGUUGUGAACCUGAGAAGUGCCUGAGAUCUCCUCAGGAGUCACAGAGCAAGCAAAUUCGGAGCUGCACAAAGGUUCACAUGCAAGGUAUGGCAGUUGGAAGGGCUGUUGAUUUGACACGAUUCGACUGUUAUGAGGAUUUGCUAAAGAAGCUGGAAUACAUGUUUGACAUUAAAGGUCAGCUUUGUGGAUCAACAAAGAAUUGGCAAGUUGUCUAUACCGAUGAUGAAGAUGACAUGAUGAUGGUUGGGGAUGAUCCCUGGAAUGAGUUUUGCAGCAUGGUGAGGAAAAUUUUUAUCUAUACAUCAGAGGAAGUCCGGAAGUUAUCACCUAAGAUAAAACUUCCGGUGAAUGAUGAUGAUGAUGAUAGCAAAGCAACCAAGGCUGGGGUUGACACAGUUAUCAACCCUGAAGAUCGUUCAUCGAUCGUUGGUCAAGGGUGCUAAAGUAACCACACCUUUACGCACAUCAGGAACAUAGUGCUUCCAUAGAAGAGUUUUGAGAAAAAAGGAAGCUAGUGCUCAAGAUUUUGUUUAUAUAUAUAUAUGCAUUACCCAGAUGAUAUAUCACAAUUGACAUCGCAAGUCUGAAACAGCUUCUAUAUCUAGGAAACUGCUGUUGUGUCAACAAAUUCAUCUGGAAUGUGAGAUUUGCAUUGCCUGAAAGAUGAUGGGGUUCAGGUUUAGAUUUUUUCUUUUUCCUUUUUUUAAUUCUUCUUUAAAGUUUUUGCUAAAGCAACUCUCAUAGGGGGAAUUGUUCAUUUGGAUUUGAAAUAGUCCGGAAAGUUUAUUUCUUUUGCCCUAUUAUUCUUUUCUUAAGUCUAUUUGUUUUUUUUUCUUUAUAUAUAAUAUACAUAACAUGACAUAUGUGUCCUUUGUAUA